AUGACUAAGAGAAUUCCUGUGGAGGAAAAGAUGAAUCGGAAGCCAAUUUCGAGGGCAUGCAGGUUUUGUCAUAUAAAGCACUUGCAAUGCGAUGUUGGCAGACCAUGCCAGAAUUGUGUGAAGAGGAACUUUGGAGACUCGUGCCGGGAUAAUGUGCGAAAGCCCAGGAAGGUGAAUAGCAAAGCUCGCGACAGUUUCGCAGUGUGCAAGAGUAGGUCACACGAUACGUACAGUACGACUGAAACUGUCAAGCUUGAGUCACUAGCUAGGGCGCAAUCGGAGGGGCUGAUACAGGAGCCGAUCCUAACGAAUAUCAGUAAUAUUUCUAAUCUUAGCAGUGAGCCGGAAGGGCAUAAGAAGGUUUUAUCGCCUCGUGAAACGCCUCUGUAUGAGGCGGAUCUCACCCAGCUUGACAAUUGUUGGGCCAUGAGUGAUUAUGCGAAAUUGAAUGAGAUCCUGGGCAUGUCCUGCUCAUCUGAUGAAGAUUUGGGAUCCGCUAAGAGUCCCGGGGAGUUUAAUAAGAUCACAGGGCCGAUCGAGAUCCCUCAGCCGGUGAAACCGUCCGAUUUGCUGGAAGACCAUGGCGAUGGGAAGAAGUUGGACAGCGGAAGCCAUCUGACUAGUGAGAUGACGCCCCUUUCGAUUGCACCUUCACAGCAGUCGACCAGUAAUGACCUGAAGCCGCCAAGCCUGGGCUGCCUCAGUCCCUACACAUUCAGAAAAAUAAUCAAAACUCCGGAGGACCUGUACAAUUACCAAGAAAACAUAGUGCCGCACGACUACCGGCAGGCUUACCGGGAAUUGCUAGACCUGCUACGACUAAGGUUCCUAGAGAAUGAGCAUGAAGACAGUAAACUGGGCCAAAAAAAGUUACAAAUGAUCGCCUACUCCAUAAAGCAAUAUUACACUCCAAUAUUUGUAACACUAUCUUCGAACCUAGUGGAAAGCGACCUGCGGAUGCAGGAAAUAGCACUACAGCGCAGUUUGCUAGAGUAUGAGGACAUGGCUAAAAUGCUAAACAGUGUUCCAAUAUGCAUUUGGAGAAGAUCUGGGGAAUUGUGCUAUGUGAGCAACGGAUUUACGUCUUUGACGGGCUUUUCCCAAAAGGAAAUGUUAUCGCGAAGGAGGUUUAUAGUGGAAUACUUCGACGAUGACAGCAUAGUCGAGUACUUCAGGAUAUUUAAUGAGCAUUUGGCGUUCUCCACAAAGGAAACACCGAGAACUAUUUCAGGAGGCCAAUCGGUAUUCAGUAACUGUAACCUUGUAUUACCAAACGGAUCGUAUAUGAAAUGUGCAUGUAUUUGGACCAUUAAACGUGACACGUUCAAUCUUCCAAUGCUAAUUACAGGGCAGUUCCUGCCAAUUCUUGACGACCAGAGUUAA